CUUACUACUAUAUAUUCUUCACUAUACUCAUCUAUCACUGCAUUUCUCUAGCUCAUACAUAACAAAUUAAGUCAUACAUAUAUAUUUUAGUCAAAGAUGUUCCUAGGGAAAGUGGCUGAGAGACUGGGUGGGGGUCUAGAUAUCCUUCAUGGCGGAAAUAGCAAAAAGCUAAAGGGAUCGGUGGUGCUGAUGAAGAAGAACGUUUUGGAGUUCAACCCCUUAGCUGCUUCUGUUAACGUCGGCUCUUCCAUUCUUGACCGUGUUGGUGAUCUUCUCGGCAAUGGCGUUUCUCUCCAGCUCGUUAGUGCUCACUCUGCGGGAAAAGUUGGAAAAGAAGCUCACUUGGAGAACUGGCUUACUUCUCUGCCUGCCUUAGUUCCAGGCGAUUCAUUGUUUCGAGUAACCUUCGAGUGGGACGAAUCAAUUGGAGUCCCAGAAGCUUUGAUCAUCAAGAACAAUCACGUGGAUGAGUUCUUCCUCAAGUCCAUUACCAUUGAAGAUGUUCCUGGGGAAGGUAUUGUUCGCUUCAUCUGCAACUCUUGGGUCUACCCAGCUGGAAAAUACAAGCACAAUCGCGUUUUCUUCAGAAACAAGUCGUAUCUUCCCAGUACAACACCAGAACCACUGCUUAAGUACAGAAAAGAAGAGCUUGAGAGCUUGAGAGGUGAUGGAAAAGGAGAGCGCAAGGAAUGGGACCGGAUCUAUGACUAUGAUGUGUACAAUGAUUUGGGCGAACCUGAUAAGGGUUCAAAGUAUGUUCGUCAAACCCUUGGAGGGUCUAGUGAAUUCCCUUACCCUCGCAGGGGAAGAACUGGCAGAGCACCCAACAGAACAGAUCCUAAAACCGAGAGUAGGCUGAAACUUGUGAAUCUUAUGAAACCUCUGGAUCUUGUUGAAGCUUUAGAUGUAUACGUUCCACGAGAUGAACGAUUUGGUCACUUGAAGAUGUCAGACUUUCUUGCUUAUGGACUAAAGUCUUUAUCGCAGUCUAUCAAACCUGCACUAGAACAUUACUUUGAUCAGACACGGAAUGAGUUUGAUAACUUCCAGGAAGUACGUGACUUGUACGAAGGAGGAUUUAAGCUACCAACAGCAGUACUUGACACUAUCAGGAAAACUGUUCCUUUCGAUAUGCUCAAGGAACUGUUUAGGACGGACGGUGAACAAUUUCUUAAAUUCCCUGUGCCUCAUGUGAUUAAAGAGGAUAAAUCUGCAUGGAGGACUGAUGCAGAAUUUGGAAGAGAAAUGAUUGCUGGAGUGCACCCUGUCGCCAUUCGACGACUUGAGGAAUUCCCACCAGCAAGCAAGCUAGACCGUGAAGUGUAUGGUGAUCAAACUAGUAAAAUUACGGAAGACCACAUAGAGAAGAACUUGGAAGGGCUUAGUGUGUAUGAGGCGCUCUAUACCAACAAGUUAUUUAUUUUGGAUCACCAUGAUUCCUUUAUUCCAUACUUGAGGAGGAUAAACUCAACUUCCACAAAAACUUAUGCCAGUCGAACUCUCCUCUUACUGAAAAAUGAUGGCACUUUGAAGCCACUGGCCAUCGAAUUAAGUUUACCACAUCCAGAAGGGGAUCAAUUUGGUGUAGUUAGCAAAGUAUACACCCCUGCUGAAGAAGGUGUUGAAGCAACCAUUUGGCAACUAGCCAAGGCUUAUGCAGCUGUAAAUGACUCUGGCUACCAUCAACUCAUUAGUCAUUGGUUGAAUACACAUGCUGUGAUUGAGCCUUUUGUGAUAGCAACAAACAGGCAGUUAAGUGUUCUUCACCCAAUCUACAAACUCUUGCAGCCCCAUUACCGAGACACUAUGAACAUAAAUGCACUUGCCAGGCAAACUCUUAUAAAUGCUGGGGGCAUUCUAGAGUCGACAGUUUUUCCGGGACAAUAUGCUUUGGAGAUGUCAGCAGUAGUUUAUAAGAAUUGGGUUUUCACUGAGCAAUCACUCCCAGCAGAUCUCCUUAAAAGAGGAGUGGCAGUUAAGGAUCCAAAUUCUCCCAACGGGCUUCGCCUGCUAAUAGAGGACUACCCAUUUGCUGUUGAUGGCCUAGAGAUAUGGUCUGCAAUUAAAUCAUGGGUAGAAGAGUACUGCUCUUUCUAUUAUAAAACUGAUGACAUUGUCCAAAAAGACUCAGAACUUCAAGCAUGGUGGAAGGAAGUGAGGGAGGUGGGUCAUGGUGACAAAAAAGAUGAGCCUUGGUGGCCCAAAAUGCUAACUCGCGAGGAACUAGUUGAGUCGUGCACUAUAAUCAUAUGGAUUUCUUCUGCCCUUCAUGCUGCAGUCAACUUUGGACAGUACCCUUAUGCAGGGUACCUUCCAAAUCGCCCCACAGUAAGCCGUCGGUUUAUGCCUGAAGAGGGCACUCCAGAAUAUGAGCAGCUUAAGACUGAUCCUGAAAAGGGUUUCUUAUUGACAAUUACUUCAGAAUUUCAGACUCUUAUUGGGAUCUCUCUCAUUGAGAUUUUGUCGAGGCAUGCUUCUGAUGAGGUCUAUCUUGGUCAACGAGAUGAUCCCGAGUGGACAGCAGAAGCUGGCCCCUUGCAAGCUUUUGAGAGGUUUGGAAGAAAACUUGCUCUAAUUGAAGACAAAAUGAUGAGCAGGAACAAGGAUACAAAUCUGAAGAACAGAGCUGGCCCAGUAAACUUUCCGUAUACUCUGCUCCAUCCUAACGGCGAAGAAGGACUCUCUGCUAAGGGAAUUCCUAACAGCAUUUCAAUCUAAAACUUGUGUCUUUGUGGUGCUGUUAACUAGCCUAUUUCCUCUAUUUUUUAUGAAUUGUGUUUCCAAAUGUCUUAGUCAUGGUGAGCUGGUGUGUGUGGGAAGGUCUAGUCUUGGCUUUUGCAGAAAUAAAUUACUUGUACCAAGUAUGAUGUUUAAUCAUGUAAGAGCCAUAUUAAAUAAAAGUGUGUUAAACUUUUGUUAUUAUUAAA